UGGCACCUCCUCACCACAGCCUUAAUCCCAGCAGACAUGAUCAAUCAGGAAGUGGCCAGACUGUAUCUGCCUCAAUCUCUCCGCAUUAUUAUCAUUUUUAUUAUUAUAUAUAAACAGCUGCAGCUCUCCUUCUUUUAUGAUUGAUUCCUAAUGCAUUAUAUAUACACAUCUUCUUCAUCAAUAACCAAUGCUUAUUAAUUAGAAAUAUAUAUUGAUUUACUGGUGCAAAACAAAAAGAAUGCCUAACAAAAGCUUGUCUGCUUUGCUUCUUUCUCUCUUUAUUAUAAUUUUUACAACAGCUUCUGCUCAACUCACUACCAACUUCUAUCGCAAUACGUGCCCAAAUGUGGAAGCCCUUGUCCGCAAUGCCGUCCAAACGAAGUUCAGGCAGACCUUCACUACUGCUCCGGCAACUCUCAGACUCUAUUUUCACGAUUGCUUUGUCAGGGGUUGCGAUGCUUCGAUUAUGAUUGCAUCGCCUAAUAACAGCGCCGAAAAGGAUCACCCCGACAAUCUUUCGCUCGCCGGAGAUGGAUUUGACACCGUUGUCAAAGCCAAAGCAGCUGUAGAUAGCGACCCUCGGUGCAAAAACAGAGUUUCAUGUGCAGACGUACUGGCUUUGGCUGCCCGUGAAGUCGUUUCCUUGGCUGGGGGACCAUUUUAUCCGGUCGAAUUGGGACGACGUGAUGGGAGAAUAUCUACCAUUGCCAGUGUACAACAUAGGCUUCCGCCGCCGAACUUUAAUCUGGACCAGCUCAAUGCCUUGUUUUCUAGUCAUGGUCUAGACCAAACUGAUAUGAUUGCUUUAUCAGGUGCACAUACAAUUGGAUUCUCCCACUGCAGCAGAUUCUCCAAGCGCAUAUACAGUUUUACUCCUCAAACAAGAAUUGACCCAACACUGAAUCUGCAAUACGCCAUGCAGCUAAGGCAAAUGUGCCCAACCAACGUCGACUCAAGAAUUGCCAUCGACAUGGAUCCGACCACCCCUAAUACUUUUGACAAUGCUUAUUACCAAAAUCUUCAGCAAGGAAAGGGCUUGUUCACCUCUGAUCAAGCAUUGUUUACGGAUAAUCGGUCGAAGACCACCGUCAACCAAUUUGCGUCCAACAAAGCUGCUUUCCAGCAAGCUUUUAUCACAGCCAUCACCAAGCUGGGCCGCGUUGGAGUCUUGACUGGGAAUCAGGGUGAGAUCAGACGUGACUGCACAAGGCCAAACUGAUUAAUCCAAGAGCUCCCACAUUUCCAUGGACAGAAAUUAGUCUUUCAGUGUGAAGUAUAGCUAAUUCUUUAUUUGUUUGUGAGGCUGUGAACCCUGUAAAACUUUUUCUUCGACAAGGAAGUAAAUUCCUUUUUGUGUGGUUUUCAUUGCAAUUUCAAGAAUUUAAGAAAUGUAAAGAGCAAAAAUGAGUUUGGCUGUAAGCAACAAGAACAGGACAAACUUUCUUAGAAUCAGAAGAGUUCUUGCAAGGAGAUAAGCGGAUACAAAGAAAAGAAAUAUGGGAGCUGUAAGUACUAGAGAGAGUAACAGAAAACAUAAGCAAGGGAGCAUAAUUUCCAGUGCAAUCAAGUCUAAAAAUGCAGAGAAGGGAAGAGGUCAAGUUUAAGUGUGAGUUGAGGAUACAAGAGGUUUAUAUGCAUAACUAGGAAACCAGGAUUUUACACGUACGUGAGAUUGCAGUAGUAAUAUAGUAGUAGCAUGGCAGCCUGAAAAGUGAUGCUUGGUAGCACUCAAGAACAGGAAUUGUGUGAUCUACUAGUCUUUCAAUUCAUCAUAUUAGUGUGAUUGUGCA